AUGCGGAGUCGCUCGUCCCUGAUGGGGCUGUCCUCCGUCCUCCUCCUCCUCCUCCUCUCCCACAACGCUCUCGCUGCUGACUACGGCCAGCUCUGCUACUCGGCUGAGGAAUGCCGCUCAGAAGAAGCUCCCUACUGCCAGUACUUCUUCACUGACAACACGUACAAGGACAACACUCAGUCCCGAGGUUGGAGCAAGCCAGCGGAUGAGACAAGGCCGCGCAAGUUCGGUCUCUGCGUGCAGUGCAUCUCCGACUGCGACUGCGGCGUCAACGAGUACUGCGGCAUCGACAACAAGAACCCUGUUGUGAUCCCCUACAACCUGACGUCCAACAACACUGGCACUGGCCUCACCCCCGGAAGGAAGCUCACCAUGAUGGUGUAUGCGAAGCAGUUCGAGGGCCUCCCCCUCCGCUCCAAGUGCAAGAGCUACGACCUUCCCAAGUCCAACUGCGACACCUCCCUUGACAAGAGCGCUUACGUCAUGAGGGUCAACACGACUGUGCCAGUGACCUCUGCCAGCGAUACCUCAAAGGUCUUGUACAUCGACAAUCGUGUCCCAUCGGGAUGGCCCAAGGAGGCAGAAGACAGGUACUGUGGCCGAGUAAACUCUUGGGCUCCCGCGUUCUACCGUGCGGUAGUCAUGGGCAAUAAGCCUGAGGCGUUCCUGGCAUCGAACGCUGUGUAUCUGAACUCCACCGCCAUGUCCACAGGAGGCCUGUACAACACUCCAGCUACCUGCGUUCCUCACGUGGCUUACCGAAAUCUCACGGCCUACCCGUCUUGUCAGUAUGUCAAAGACUCGUUGACCCACACCGACAGCUUCUGCUGCAAGGAUACCUCCGCGUUCGCUACGCACAGUCGCGCUUGUGGAUCCUUCGAAACCUCCUACAGAGAUUGCGUGGAGGCCUGCCAGCCACUCUACAUGAUGGGCGGGAGUACCUACAACGCUGCUUCCUGCACGGGUACUAGUUCGGAUGCCACUGUCCAGAAGUUCUGCUCCUGCUUGAAUACCUGCAAGGCUUGCGUCAAAAAUGCUAACGGCUGCUCUUCAGAUACAGUACAAGGAGAGUGCAAACCUUGUACCUUGCCGCCAAGCAAUCCUGGAACUAAUGAUGUUCAAACUGCGUCUUCUCCUAUCACCGACGGCUACUUUUGCCCUACUACCGCCGUCCAAACACAGACAAACGAUGCAACAAAGCCCCUAUGGUCCUCGACUGUUCCAGACACUUACUGCAGGCCCACAUGCGUCGACUGCCUGGUAAACGCAGCUCGUAACUGCCGGAACAACGGAACUUGCAUGGACAUGGUCAUGGAAUUGGAGGUGAAGCCACAGUGCUCGACGACGGGAGAGUUCAAAGUGACCAUGGACUACUUCUCCUUCCACUUCAUCUCUCCUCCUAUCGACUACACCGGCCACUGCACCCAGACCGACUGCAAGAUUUGCUUGGACGGGCAGGAGCGAUGUACUGCCACCGACAACAAGGGACCUAGGCAGAUCUGCAUCAGCAACGAGUGGGUGUCCUGGACGUCCAAGGAGAUCAAGCAGCCCGCGGUCGACGUUGGCUCCCGUGCUCUCAUCGCCAUUGCGGUCUUCACUGCCUUCACCUUCGUCGCUGGGCUCCUCGUGGCCAUAACCAUCAUGCAUCAGAAGCCAGCAGCUCCCCAGCAGUUGUACCUCCCAGCUCCCCAGCAGGAGAAGUACGGAGGCGAGCCUGCUGCCUUCGUGCAGACCCCAGGUGACUACCAGCAGCCCGGGUACGUUCCGACAGUCACGACCGGGCAGCUUGGACAGUAUGCGUAG